GUACCCCCAUCAAUGAUCUGGUCUCGGUCGCCGGAAAACUGGAAAAGAGUUCGAGCGAGAGCUCCGGGGAGUCGCGAGUUUGAGAGAGAGCUUCAUCGGUCGAGUUGUUGUUAGUUUUAGUUUUUUUUUUUUUUCAUUUCUUGACGCAAAUCCACCACAAACCGAUCGCGCGCAGUGCAAAGCACGAUCAGUGUUGUUUUGGUGGUUGUUGAGUUCGAAAGCUCUUGACCAGCGAGAGUGUUGUGUGGAAACGUAACCACUCGAUCUACGGAGUUUUGGGAAGUGGCGCGCGUACAGCGGAUCUGCGGUGUCCUCUGGGUUGUUUGCUGUGAGAAGAAUCCGGGAGACGUUCCAGGAAAUUCUCGGAAUAUUAAAAGCCACAAUCGAGUUAAACUUUGUGUGUGACGGGACGGGCUGGGAGCCCCAGCCGACGGAACAUCCUGAAGAAGGGUAGUGAUUAAGAAAUACCAGAAAGUGCGUGUCUGAAAGUCAGUGUGUGUGUGUGUCUCCAAGGAGGUUCAGCGAAAAACCGGAUUCCUGAGCCAUCGGGCAGAAGUUGAAAAGUUCAGCAACUUUCGAAAGUGACACCAAGCGUAAGGAGGCAAGGAUAUAUGCCUGCGUCGUAUGUAAUCAUUAUUGCAGAGUGAGAAGUUGAUAAGUGGUUUUCAGCGUUUUCAGUGAAAUUCAGUGCUAGAGUGAAAUUCGGAGAUUCAAGGAAGAAGAUCGAGCAGCAGUGACGGAAAUUUCAAACAAUUAUAGGUUCCAUUCGUCGUCUCGUGGUGAAAUAUGUGAAACAAACAAACAGUCGCGCAAUUAUCAGUUUAUAGAGAGGCACCAAUUGUGUAAACAAUCGUGAUGUGAACCGUGUGACAGUGAAGAGAGUGUGAUCGAGGAUCACGUGUCCUCCGAGCGAGAGAGAGAGAGUGUAUGCAACUGCGAAACUGACAACAAAUCCAUCAUUGAUGAGUAAUCAUCCCCGUGGGCGAAAUCUGCUCGGCGGCGAGCAGUAGUGGCAAAAGAAUACAGUAAUAUGGUGACGACAAUCAAGAUCACCUGCGACGGAGUGUUUAUCCAGUCCAAUUCCUACCUGACGAACGGCGGUGGGCUUCAUCAGCACAGCCGGCAGCAGUCAUCGUCAUCCGAGCCGGGUGGACACUCAUCCGGUAGCAAUAGUAGUUCGCUGUCCAGGGGUGGAUUCGGAGGGCCAGGAAGUGACAACGGGAGCACCACUAGCAGCAGUGGAGGCGGUGGUGAACACGAAGAUCAUCAAAUGAAUCGAGGAUUCACCCACGUCGGGAAAGUGGUGGAUCGGGACGGAAACAAUAACCGCGAUCUGGACCCUAGGGCGGUCCUCAGUGAUAGUAAUAAUAAUUUUCAAAAGAUUGCCAGAAGACGUUACCAAUCGGAAGAGGUACUCACUCGGUUGCAGAAGUUCAGCGGAAGUUCCGAUGGUUCGGACACGGUAGACGCUGCCGGUGGUCCCAUCUACUACAACAGUGGCACCGAAUCGGACGAUCAGUUUACGAUCUCGUUCCUGAACACCCGUGGCCACAACGGGAAGAGCCUUCUGAAUCAAAAGUUCAUCGUGUACAACAGCAAGAAACCAAAGCCUUCAAGUCUCCUUGCGCAAAACGGUUACCAUCCAAGCCAGUACCGGCAGUUCCUGAACGGUCGUCUCAAGCCGGCCUUCUCGACGUCGGUUCUCACGUCCCCGACGCUAAUCGCCAGUGCCAGUGGAAACUCCGGGCGCCCGGCCACGGCAACUCCACCACCUAACGGCCUAACGAUCGCCAAAUCGAAUUUGUACCUGCAGCGGACGGCAUCGCCGGCUCCUUCCUCGUCGGUGUCAUCGCUUUCGCCCUCGAGUGGGUUCGCAUCGGCUUCACCGACGCCACCGAGAUCGCUACCCACGGCAGCAGCAGCAGCGGCACUCGCCUCGCCAUCAAAUCUUGAUGUCGAUGUGAGGAGCGAGUCGCGUUUGGACCGCAGAGGCAUCGGAAGCCAUCAGCAGCAGCAGCAGCAGCAGCAACAGCAAGCCCUCUACCAGCAGCAGCAGUAUCAAAACACACUGUCGCGUCGGAAUUCCACCGGAAGCAGUGCGCUGAACGGCGGAAUGAACAGUCAUACGGCGGCCAUCAAUUUGCAAUCGUCGGGUCAAACAGCAGUCGUUGGUCAUCAUCGGGGUUUCUCGUCAACCGUCGUAGCCGCAGCCAACUCGGCCGCCUCGGGCGAUUGUCCAUGGUUCAUGCCGCAUCAGAUGCCACCGACGGCACCGGCGCGGCAGCACAAACGGCCUGCGCCCCAACCGGGUGGAGGUGUCCCCGGCGGUGGUGGCAUGGGACACGUGGGGAUGCAGCCACCACAGUUCAUUAAUCCACCACCGGCACCGCAGCAGCAAAGCCAACAACCGCCGCAGCAUUCGCCACAGCAGCACCAGCAGAUGGCACCACCGCAAUUACCUCCACACAGUGUUACUAGUAAUCAAAAUCUUAAUUCCAUCCACCUGCCGCCGGCUCAGCAACAACAACAGCAGCAGCAACAUCACCAGCAACCUCCACCAAUGCACUCCGGAGGAAUGGUCCCUCCGGUGCACCACAUACCAAAAUCUCCCAACCAGCACAGUAUGCUCGGGCCGUCCGGUCUCCAGCAGGCAGCACAGCAUCACCAGCCAACGGCCCAGCACGGUGCUCUGGGCAGCCAUCAGUCGAAUCUCAUGUCCACCUCGAUGAACAGUGCCCAGCUACAGAACCACAUUCUUACCAGUCAGCAGCAGCAGCAAUCGGUAGCUUCAUCAGUGGUGGCGGCAGUCGCUAUCCCACCCCAUCCCAGUCAACAACAACAACAACAACAACAGCAGCAGCCGCCGCAGGUGCCACCACCCCCGCAUGGGAUGUCCAAUUCGAUGCACAGCCAAAUUGGGUUGCCUCCACCGCCGUCGGUCGUCACCGGGGGAGGAGCAUUCGAUAGCAACGGAGUAAGUUGGGCCGGUGCCGGAGUUGCCACGGCGUCCCUCUCGCCCACGGCCGCAGCUGCCCAACGGAGGGCUGAGGUCAAUGCCAAACUGAACGCGAUGCCAUGGUUCCACGGUCGGAUAAAACGCGAGGAGGCGGAAAACCUGCUGAAGCCUCACGAGGACGGUCUGUUCCUGGUGCGCGAAUCGACCAACUUCCCCGGCGACUACACGCUGUGUGUCUGCUUCAACGAGAAGGUCGAACACUACCGGAUUAAGUACGCCGAGAACAAGCUAACGAUCGAUGACGACGAGUACUUUGACAAUCUCGGCCAACUGGUGGAGCACUACACCCUGGACUCGGACGGACUGUGCACGAAGCUGAUGAAGGCCCAACCGAAGGAGGAGUUUUGCGUCAAGGAUUUCCAGGACAACGGCUGGGAGAUCAAGAUGGAGGACCUGCAGCUGAAGGAGAACAUCGGCAAGGGUGAAUUUGGCGAUGUGAUGCUCGGCAUCCUCAAGGGCGAGAAGGUGGCCGUGAAGGUGUUGAAGGAUGCCGGUCGGGCGUCCAAUAAGUUCCUUGCCGAGGCGGGCGUGAUGACAACUCUCGAACAUGAAAAUCUCGUCAAAUUCAUCGGGCUGGUGUUCCACGAUAAGUACAUCUACCUGGUGACGGAGUUCAUGAGCAAAGGUUCCCUGGUAGACUACCUCCGGUCCCGGGGUAGACAGCACAUUACCCGAAGAGAUCAGAUCAAUUUUGCCUUCGACACCUGUUCGGGAAUGGAGUAUCUGGAAAUGAAGAAGGUCAUACAUCGGGAUUUGGCCGCCCGGAAUGUGCUGAUUUCGGAGGAGUGUGUCGCGAAGGUGUCCGACUUUGGACUGGCACGAGACGAGCGGUAUACGGCCGACAUCAGCAAGCUGCCCAUCAAAUGGACCGCUCCGGAGGCGCUGAAAGAGGGGAAAUUCUCCAACAAAACCGACAUGUGGAGCUUUGGAAUCCUACUGUGGGAGAUCUACUCGUUCGGCCGAGUACCCUACCCUAGAAUCCCCCUAGCGGACGUGGUCAAGCACGUCGGCAGCGGCUACAAGAUGGAAGCCCCCGAAGGCUGCCCACCGGAGAUCUACGAAAUGAUGCGCCAGGCGUGGGACCUGGUCCCCGAGAAGCGGCCCACCUUUGCCGAACUGAAACGACGGCUAGCCAUCUGCAAGCGGGAAACGGCCAACACCUACGUGGCGUAGAUAGCGGAACACCACAAGUAUUCGGUAAUCGGUAAUUCACACAAACCUAAACAAAAGCAAGAGUCUGAUAACCCUACAAACUGUUGCCCGCGCUACACAAGCAAGAUGCACGAACAGGACGCAUACAAAUGCCAUUUUUAGUAGGUAUACUUUUUUGCUUUCGGUAGCCGGAAGCGCAAGGGCGGCAGAUUAUACGGGGAGUUUGUGCUGUAGGAGUUAGGCGGGAAUUGUACAGAGAUGAAAGCUUUUUCCUUUCGUUUGUUCGUCCGCACUGCGUAAUUUUUUUUUGGUACGUCCAGCUAUUAUUAUUUGUUUUAUGAUUUAAAGAAACAAUAUUUCUGUUAUUCCUUAAUUAUUGGGAAAGAAAAGUUCACAUGUACAUAGCUAAGAAUCUUCUAAGCAGCUGAUGGCAGAACAUAGAGGAUAGCGAGGAAGUUAGGUGGUAAGCAUUAAAUUAUUAGCUCUACAAAGCGCGUUUCCGGAAAGGAGGAAAGGUUUUCCGAUCGUGGCAUAGACAUUUUGCGUUUUCGAAGUGUGGAUGGACGGUAUUUGUAAUUCUUUUUUUUUUUUAGCGAAAGGAGAAACAUUCAGUCAGUUCGGUUCAGAAUACAUUUGGCUGUAUCAUUUUUUGUAAUAGACCGUUUCUUUCAGUGUAAGUUUUGAGGUUAGAAUGUUUUCUUUUCUUUGUUCUUGGUCUGUUAACUAUUUAAGAUAAAGUCAAAUAUUUAUUUCACAAAAAUCUGGGUGGACAAGGGUUUUGCAUACCUAUAAAUAGAAGCACACGGGUGUAGGCACAAACGUAACAAAAUUGGGACAAUCAGCUCGAAAAUGUUAAACCACACGUUCAUCAACUAACGAAACAGUUUUUAGCUUUUUUUAAACAGGGUUUUGAAUUUACAACAACCGCUUUUUUUUUAGGUGAGCUUGUUCCCACGAUGGAAGGCAGCGUACGUGUAAAAGAGGAUAAUGACUUCAUAUUUUUUUUCACUAUGGACAUCUCAUCUACAUCUUUGUGCUUCGCCUUAAUUUUCACUGUCAGUUGUUAAUGUAGAGAUUUUUGGGAGAACUCGAUGCAGUUAUUUCUGAGCAAUACAAACAAAGGAAACUGAUUUGACGAGAUGAUUUAUGUUCUUGAUAGAAUGCCUGAAGAGUAUUUUUUUAUUCGGAGGGACUCAACAGAAUUUGAAUGAAGUCUCCAACGGCCGCUGAAGCGAGAUAUACACUGUUCAAGUGAGUUAUAAUUCGAUUCGCCUUCUAUCCUGAUGGCUAGCGUUCAAGUGACUUGAAAGCGAGUUGAAGAAGUUGGACAUCGUUCAACUUUCUGGACGUUCAAUACGCAGUUCAAGUAAAUUGAAGCCCGAAUUCAGUUGAAAAUUCGCGAUUGAAGUGAGUUGCUUCACUGUCGCUAUUCGCAUAAAAGUCCCAGGAAAAAUCCACAAGACAUGGGACUAUUAUGCGAAUAGUGGUUAGUAAGUUCAGUUCACCCCCGAUCUGAUGGUCGACGGUUGAAAGAUUAGAAAAAGUUGGACAUUUCCCAACACACUUAAAGGCUGUACUCGAACAAAGUAAGACACACAAAAAUGGUCACCAAAAAUUCAUUUUAAGUCGGAUUAUCUUCAAACUUUCAGGGAAUAACCUAUAACAUUAUGGUUAGGUUUCAUUGCUUCAUUGUUUUAUUGGAUCUCCGCUCUAUCCAGCAUUUUACGAGCGCUUAUGGCCGCCACAAUCUGGCUGAGUUUUUGGUAGGAAACAUAUGAUUUGACGUUUGGGUUGUGUCGUUUGAUGUGUAAACGUUCAAAUUUGAUCGUUUACACGUCAAACGACACAAGCCAAACUUCAAAUCUUAUGUUCCCUACCCAGAAACUCGGCCAGAUUGUGGCGGCCAUAAGCGAUCGUAAAAUACUGAAUAACCGAAUGCCCGCAACUUGCUCUUGACACCACUCAUAACCUUUUUGGGCAAUGGUGGGGUCGACUCCUUUUGAUACUUUUACCCACUUCAAAGCCAGCUCGUUCUCUAGCACCUUAGGUGUUUUACGAAGUCUGGCCUUUGGUACAAAACAACAUUGUUGUCUCUGUACCAGUCUAACACUGGCCGCGCGUAGUGGUAGGAUGCCAAAUCCGGCCAAACCAGCGUCUAGCUUCCGUGAGACCGCAGGAAGGGUAAGAGGCACUUCUGGAGGCACUCAUCCCGGUAGAUUUGCCCGUUGAUGGUACCCGUCGUAAUGUACGGCUGGCUCAUCUUGUCGCACCCACAGAUGGCCCGCCAAAGCAAGAAUUUUUUGGCGAAUUUGUGUACCUUCUUCUUAGUUACCUCCUCAUGAACGACUAACCGUGAUGUGGCAACGUAAAACUCCUGCCCGGCAACUGCUUUGUGUCCGCCUUGAUGUAAGUCUCGUCGUCCACCUCGACGCACCUCGCUCUCGUCAGCCACUCCCGGUACAGCUUCUUGGCACG